AUGUCAAUUGAUGCUGUUAUUGACACAAUAAUUGUUCAACAGAAUCAAAAUAAUUUUUAUUUAAAUCCCCAUACGACUUAUCAAGGUGUUAAUCGACCACCACAUUAUCAUGUUCUUUUGAAUGAUAUCGGCUUGACAACUAGUGAAUUACAAUUAUUAACAUUUCAUUUAUGUUUUACAGAUCCUCGAUUAUCUUCAUCGACAACGGUUGGUGAUCAACGAAAUUGGUCAAGGCAAAAUCCGUCAUCUAAUAAUUUGGACUACGAGGUUCUUCAAGUUCAUGAAAAACUUAAUAAUCUACCUGUAUUAGGUUAA